AUGACAGUUAAAAGAAGAAACCACGGGAGAUCAAAGAAGAACAGAGGAAGUGUGAAGCCCAUCCAGUGCGAUAAGUGCGGCAGUGUAACACCUAAGGAUAAGGCAAUCAAAAGAUUUAGGAUUCAGUCUCUCAUUGAACAGGCCUCAUUUGAUGAUCUGAAAGAGAAAACCAUCUACGAAGUGUUUGAAGUUCCAAGGAUGGGCUAUAAGUCACAGUUCUGCGUGUCUUGUGCGUGCCACGCCAAGAUAGUUAGAGUCCGCUCUUCUCAAGGAAGAAAGAUCAGAUAUGGAUUCAAUCCGAACAGGGUAAGCUCUCAUAAUUAA